GGGAGAGCUUCCUGGGGACGAGUGUUUAGUGUUAGAGGAGUUGCAGUGGACUCCAUGAUUUCCGUGAUCUCUGACCAGUUCACCACUGAGGGGAUUUGACUGCACAUCUGUCCAAGUAGCCCUGUGCUUCUCUCCGAGGGCACAGUGGGCACGCUAGCCCCAGCGUGCCUCUUCCAGCACCCCCACCCCACAGUGAGCCCCCACCAUGAUCCUUGUAAGAGGUGACGUUACAGUACUUACAUCCAGAAGACUUGCUCUUCUGUUCCCUGUGAGAUGUGUUGUCAGUGUAGGACCCCUUUGCAGCCCACCUUUCCAUUCCCGUAAGGUGCGCAUUGUGCUGUGAUUCGCUGCGCGCUUCUUUGUCACAACACAGUGCAGAUUUUUGUAUCUUCACGUAAGAAUUCUCGUUUUAGGAGUGUAAACACAUCUUGGGUACACAGCAGGAAAGUCUCCUGGUUCAACUUAAAGGAACAUGAUAUCCUUUGGAACAAUGGAGAUUUGCCUUUCUUCCCACAUACAUACAUAAUUUUCUCACUGCAAAAAUGACAGAUGCCAGGGGCGCCUGGGUGACUCAGUCGGUGAAGCGUCUGCCUUCAGCUCAGGUCAUGAUCCUGGGGUCCUGGGAUCGAGUCCCACAUCGGGCUCCCUGCUCAGGAGGAGGAGUCUGCUUCUCCCUCUCCUCCCCUCUUGUGCUCUCUCUCAAUAUCUCUGUUGCUAUCUCUGUCUCUCUCUCUCUCUCAAAAUCUUUUAAAAAAUGACAGAUGCCCAUUGAUGAAAAAUUUAGGCAUUACAGAAGUUGGUAAAUAAGGUAGAAGUGAAAGUGCUUGUCCCACCCACCACCCCCAUUCAGUACUAAAUGGCAAAUGCAGUGUGAGUGUCUUACGAAAUGGAAUUCUAUUACAGACACUGGAGAGAAGGGGAACCUUCUUCUUGACUGAACAUCAGGCUUGGACUUUAUUCCACGGUAGCACAUACAGAGUUGGUAGGAGUUGCAUGGUUUCAACUAUGGAUGUAAUGUGUAUGUCAUCAGUUCGUCAUGGGAUUUGUCCUUGCAUAUUUAUCUCUGUGCAGUUGUGUGAGAUAUCUGCAGGAGAAAGUUAUAGAAGUGGAAUCUCUGGAGCGAAGACGUAUGUGUACAUUUUAAAUUUUGGAGGUGUUUCAGAUUCUCCCAGAAGAUAGGAUGGAUCGGGGUUCCCCCGGUGGCAUGUGACAGCCACACCACGCCAUUCUCCCAGGCCUCCGAAGUGGAAAAUGCCUAAGCGCGAUGGCCAGACGUUGCUGACCCAGGUGUGGAGGCGCUUGAACCUGACGGAGUGUGACUACUUUGGGCUGGAGUUUCAGCAUCCCCGGUCCUACUGGAUUUGGCUGGAACCUAUGAAGCCCAUCGUUAGGCAAGUACGAAGGCCAAAAGGCGCGUCGCUUCGUCUAGCAGUGAAAUUUUUCCCCCCCGACCCGGGUCAGUUGCAGGACGACUAUACGAGAUACCUGUUUGCCUUGCAACUUAAGAGGGACCUCCUGGAGGAGCGCCUGCCCUGCGCGGAUACCACGGCCGCCCUUUUGGCAUCCCACCUUCUACAGUCUGAAAUAGGAGAUUAUGAUGAAACCCUGGACCGAGAGCACCUCAAAGCCAAUGAGUACCUGCCCAGUCAGGAGCAUUCUCUUGAAAAGAUUUUAGAAUUCCACCGGAAGCACACGGGCCAGACGCCUGCCGAGUCGGAUUUCCAGGUGCUUGAAAUUGCCCGAAAGUUGGAAAUGUAUGGCCUCAGAUUUCACAGAGCUUCUGACAGGGAGGGGGCCAGAAUUAACCUGGCUGUCUCCCACAUGGGUGUCCUCGUGUUCCAGGGCACCACCAAAAUUAACACUUUCAACUGGUCCAGGGUCCGAAAACUCAGCUUCAAGAGGAAAAGGUUUCUCAUCAAACUGCACGCAGAGGUCCGUGGACCUUACCAGGAUACGCUGGAGUUCUUGUUGGGCAGUAGAGAUGAAUGCAAGAACUUCUGGAAGAUCUGUGUGGAGUAUCACAGCUUCUUUAGACUCUUUGAUCAACCUAAGGCCAAAGCUAAAGCCGUCUUCUUCAGCAGGGGCUCGUCCUUCAGAUACAGUGGAAGAACUCAGAAACAGCUGGUGGAUUACGUCAGAGACAGUGGGGUGAAGAGAGUUCCAUACGAAAGAAGACACAGCAAGACUCGGAUGUCUAUUCGUGCUCUGACUGCAGACUUGCCAAGGCAGAGCAUCUCAUUCACCGAGGGCAUGAGGACUUCUGCGUCCCCAUCUUCAACAAAUGUCUCCUUCUAUUCAGUUCCUACCUCCCCUCUGGCCCCUCGAGGCCCGCCCGAUUUCAAAGACAGCAGUGACUCCCUCACCGAGCCCCAGACUCCCGACGCCAGGAGGCCAGCUGCAGAGAGGAGCAGCGGAGCAGCAACCGACGGCAACACCCGACGGGCCCGGUCCCCGGGGCCUCCUGCGCUGCAGCCUUGUCAAGGCCUUUCCAUGGAGAGUCCUCAGCCUUCUCCCUCCACCCGGAAGAGCCCACUGAGCCUGAGCCCUGCGUCUCAGGUGACUCUGGGCCCAGCUGGGCAGGGCUUGUGCCCCCUCCUGAGCCCUGCCCUUAGCGACGCUGGCGGAGCCAGGAUGGACGGCGAGGAGGAGCUGAAGCACAAGAGUACGACAGCAGAUGAGGCCUAUUUCAUAGCGAAGGAGAUUCUCGCUACAGAACGAACAUACCUGAAGGAUUUAGAAGUUCUCACUGUGUGGUUCCGCAGUGCUGUGGUCAAGGAGGAUGCCAUGCCUGCAGACCUGAUGACCCUGCUCUUCUCCAACAUAGACCCCAUCUAUGAGUUCCACAGAGGCUUCCUGCGUGAGGUGGAGCAGAGGCUGACACUCUGGGAAGGGUCUUCCAGCACCCGUGCCACAGGCGGUCAUCAACGAAUCGGGGACAUCCUGCUCAGGAACAUGCAUCAGUUAAAGGAGUUUACCAGCUACUUCCAAAGGCAUGAUGAAGUCCUGACAGAACUGGAAAAGGCCACCAGACGCUUUAAGAAGCUAGAGACAGUCUACAAAGAGUUUGAGCUCCAGAAAGUCUGCUACUUGCCCCUUAACUCAUUCCUGCUGAAGCCCAUCCAGCGGCUGGUGCACUAUCGGCUGCUGCUGAGCCGGCUGUGUGCGCGGUACGCGCCUGCGCACCCCGACUACGCCGACUGCCGCGAUGCCCUCCAGGCCAUCACAGAGGUGACCUCCACACUCCAGCACAGCCUCGCUCGGCUGGAAAACCUCCAGAAACUCACAGAGCUGCAGCACGACUUGGUUGGCGUAGAGAAUCUCAUCACUCCCGGCAGGGAGUUUAUCCGCGAGGGCUGCCUUCACAAGCUCACCAAGAAGGGCAUGCAGCAGAGGAUGUUCUUUCUGUUCUCAGACAUGCUGCUGUACUCAAGCCAGGGUGUCACGGGCACCAGCCACUUCCGGAUCCGGGGCCUCCUUCCCCUCCGCGGCAUGCUGCUAAUAGUGCUGGACCCACCGGUUGAAGAAGGCGAGCCUGAACGCUCUGUUCCGCACUGUUUCACCAUUUGCGCAGCGCAGAAAACGGUCGUGGUGGCAGCCAGCACUCGCCUGGAAAAGGAGAAGUGGCUGUGUGACCUGAACACCGCCAUCGAUGCGGCCAAGAGCGGGAGUGACCAAUCCCUUGCGCUGCCGGGCAGCGUGGUGUGCGCUCCUCCCCACAGAUCCUCUGAGGAGGCCGCUCCGGAGCAGGAGUCCGAAGGGGCCCUGGAGGGGCAGGGCCAGCACCGGGCCAACACCACAGUGCAUGUGUGCUGGCACCGCAACGCCAGCAUCUCCAGAGCCGACCACAGCGCGGCCGUCGAGAAUCAGCUUUCAGGGUAUCUGCUGAGAAAAUUCAAGAAUAGUAACGGCUGGCAGAAGCUCUGGGUGGUCUUUACCAAUUUCUGUUUGUUCUUCUACAAAACUCAUCAGGACGACUACCCCCUGGCCAGCCUCCCACUGCUGGGCUACAGCGUGAGUGUCCCCAAGGAGGCUGACGGCGUCCACAAGCAGCACGUCUUCAAGCUCCAGUUCAAAUCCCACGUCUACUUCUUCCGAGCUGAGAGCAAGUACACGUUUGGGAGGUGGAUGGAGGUGAUCGAGAGAGCCGGCAGCUCGCCUGGGAGGGCCAGGCGUCCUGAGGAAGAGGCAUGAAGCCCAUCCUGCCCGACGAGGACAGAGCCGAGGAAGCAGAGCUGGCACCUGCUGAGGACUGCCCUAGAACAGGACCCUGCGACACGUGCUGCACACAGGCCCAGCAGAAGCCACUGUGGUGCCCGCCCCGCAGACCUCUGAAGAAGGGGAAACCAAAGUUCCCCCGAGGGCCUCUAAUUUAUUA